AUGAGCGGUUUGAGACCAAGCAAGCCAAUACAGCCCUACAUCAGCCAAGCUGUUGGUCUCAGUGGGAAAGAGACCGGCGAUCCAUCUCGUGAUGCUACCGUCAAGGACCGCUGCCAAGGUGUAUAUCGUCAAAGCAGCAUGUUGUCCCUGCUCUACUCGAACUGCUUAGUCCACUCAACAACUCCCAUCACGACCUCUCAAAGCUCUGGCCAGAGGGCUGCGAAUCGGCGGCUAUCUACCAACACGGGACUCGGCCUUAUUUUCGUCAUCAUAAUCAACCUAGCAACACUCGUCUACACUACCCGCAACUCGAUCGAAGCGCAGAUCGAGACCAACAGCAACAUCAUCACCGGUAACCUGUGCAGAUCUGGACAACCUCCAUUGUCGCCUAUUCAGGCUAGCUCCCUCCGACCUUCAGAUCCCUGCAUGAGGUUUGAAGGCUACCCAAGUUAA